AUGGCAACGCCCCUCCUCGGCGAGGGAGCGCCCCGCCCCUUCCGGGCUAUCCAAUCGCCGUCACGGAGGGGCGGGAAGCCGAGCUUCUAUUGGACAGUUCUUCCGUUAAUCAAUGUCUGCGGGGCCCCGCGGGCUCCGGGACUUACCCUCACCCGCCCCGUCAGUGAGGGCCGGGGCGGAGGCGGGGCUGGCGGGCCGUUCGAACGGCGCUGCCGCUGCUGGCGGGCCUUGGGGCGGUCUCCGGGUGCCGUGGGUGCGCUGUGUCCUCACCGUGUCCCCACCGUGCCCCCGCUGUGCCCCCGGGCAGUCCCCACCGUGUCCCUGGGCAUCCCCCGCCAGCUGAGGCCGGCGCUGGCGGAGGACCUCCCGCCCGGACUCCUCUCCAGAGAGGCUGGGGGGCAGGGAAGGCUCCUUUCCCGGCCGCCCUCUCCGGGACAGGCCGCGCUGCUUCCGCCGGCUCCUCCGUUGCCGUUCCGGGAGAGAUGGUGGGCCAGACUCUUGAGUUGCAGGGUCCUGGAAAAAGCUGGCACCUGCCAAACUACGGACCAGGAGUAUGUUGCCAGGGCAACAGAGUGUAAGCAGGAGCACAGCACCUUGCAGAUCACAAAGGCAAAGCUGCAGAAAGACAUUUCAUGCCCUUCCCUGGCUCAGCGCCCAGUGCCAACAGAACACCUCGCAGGAUCCUCAGCAGCGCAGACACCCUGGAUGCUCAAGAGCAGAGGAUCUAUCAACAGCAGACCAAGCAGGGGGAGAGGCAGGCAGACCUGGAGCAGAAAUGCAGCCAGAGCAGCAGCUCAGCCAGGACCUGAAGCUUGUUCCAGGAGGAGACGGCGCAAUUUGGUGAUUGACUCCUGGAGUCUGGUUGGUGCAUCCAUGCUGGGGUAUAGAGGCCACAGAUCCCGUGGGGCUUCCCAGAACUCUCUGCCAGCCUCAGCCACCUGCAGCUCAAGGGCUCCAGAAGCAGAAACAGGGUCUCGAAUUCCAUUAAUAUCCAUCUCUCCCUGUCCAUCUGAUUUUAUUCUAGCACAGCCCCAAGCCCUGAUUUCUGAGGCAAAACAGAGCUACAGCAGCUGAGACUACAGUGAGAUCUUGUGAGAAGGAUGGUGCAAAUGCUCCAGACCGUCAGCAAGGUUAGGACCACCUGGCUGUGUCAUACCUUGGAGACUGGGGACAGCUGCUAAAGAUCUGAAAAAAAGAAGAAGUUAUAUAAGGUCAGCAGACCUGGCCUCUUCCAGGAAGAUCUACCUCGAGUGUCUGCCCACCUGAGGGGCUGAGUAAUGCUGUGGAAUGCUGAUGUAGGCAGAUGAAUCACUGCUGGUGAGAAGUCACUGCUCUAUCCAAGACCACAAAUAGCAUCAUGUUCUUGAGAUCCUCCUUUUCAUUUCCUUCCUGCAGAUUCCUGGGGUGAGCAGGAAGGGAUUAGGCUGCCUGACCUCCUGUACCUACAGUCAUGAAAAUUUCACCCCCUUACUCUGAAAUCAGUAACUUGUCUUACUAAGAUAACUUCAGACAGGCAUUUGGCUGGGCUUGAAGACACCAAAAGAUGGCAAAUGCAAGACAUCCUCUCCUGGCAAUCAGUCCCUCCACAUUAUUCUCACUGUUUUGUUUUUUCUCUCAUGAUUGCUAUGCCAACAGGGCUAAUGAAGCUUUCUAUGCAGCAGCAA